AUGAAGGUCUUCUCAAGCUCUCUUUGCUUUGGACUCCUGGUUUUGUUGUCCGUGAUGAACAUUUUGAAAUCUGUGUGUGGACGGCCACAUCUGAGCUCAGGACAUGAGUUGUUUCCAGCUGAAGAAUAUACAACUCAGAAGAAACUAUUGCUGGGUCUGCUGACCCGAAACCCUGGUUUCCAGAAGUCCUUUCAUGCUGGCGUAGAUCUGCCCAGCAAACUGGAAGAACUUAGACAGCUAAAGAUGCUGAGAAAAUGGUUUAUGGAAGCAAAGAAUGCUGAGCUGUCCAGUGCUUUAGACAAUCUAUCCUCUUCCCACCCUAAUAAACGAGCUUGCUUUUGGAAAUACUGUGUCUGA